CAUUUGCUCCCGAGAAGUAACGUGCGACUCCAGUCCAUUCUGUGAGACUCCGUCGCGUGGUCGCCUAUCAGGGGACGCAUCAGGAUGCGCGCAACUUCGCUCGCAGCAUACGAAACGUAGUUUCCAAAUUUGAAAUUCAAAUUUAGUAUUACUAUUUAUUGAUUCUAAAUUUUUGAAAAGAGUGCAUGGCUGAUUCGAAUUUGAAUAGUUCUGAAUUUAAAAGUUAUAAAGCAUUCGUCUGUGGGGAGUUUUAGUUUUUAGUGCGAUGUUUUAAAAAAGUUUUGAUUCCAGACAGUUUGUAAAAAGUUAUUGAACAAAAGUUAUUAAUUAAAAUUUCAUAAUUGGGUCAUUAUUGGGAUAUAAAUAAGGAAUGGUGUGAACAAAGUUUGUAAGCAUCAGGUGAUUUAUGAUACGGUCGGGUUGGCUUGGAAAAUUUUAAUCGCACCUCAUCAACGGGGCUUUUGAUGCAAAAUGCUCGCGAACAACAUUUCGGACAACUCGACAGACAGCGAGUACACACCGUACGGUGAGCGACUGGAGACGUACCUGGUUCCGGUAAUGUUCGCGAUCAUAUUCAUCGUGGGCGUGCUCGGGAACGGUACGCUCGUCAUCGUGUACAUAAGACAUAGGAGCAUGAGGAAUGCGCCUAAUACGUACAUAUUUUCGUUGGCGCUGGCUGAUCUGCUGGUGAUCUUGAUAUGCGUGCCGUUCGUCUCCAUCAUUUACACGUUGGAGUCGUGGCCUUGGGGAGAACUGAUCUGCAGGAUAUCCGAAUCGGCUAAAGACGUCAGUAUUGGGGUGUCUGUGUUCACACUGACGGCUUUGUCAGCAGAGAGGUACUGCGCUAUCGUGAAUCCGUUCAGAAAACUACAGUUACGGAAACUACCACUGGUGUGCGCGACAUUCAUAUGGGCAGCCGCACUUAUCUUCGCUGCUCCAGCCGCCCUCUUCUCAAGCACAGUGGCCAUUGAAAUACACGACAACAUAACUAUAGUUUAUUGCACACCGUACCCGCCUGACUGGGACAACUAUCCCAAGUGGAUGACUUUAGCGAAAGCUGUCAUAUACUACGGGCUGCCUCUGCUAGUGAUUGCGUUUUUCUAUUCGCUGAUGGCACAGAGGCUGUUAGCCAGCACAAGGGAGAUGCCAGGGGCAUUACACGGAGGCCAAGGCGAGGCUCAAGCUAGAGCCCGAAAAUCAGUAGCGUGCAUGGUACUAAUUUUUGUCAUAGUUUUCUUCAUCUGUUUCCUGCCAUACCACGCGUUUGAAAUGUGGUAUCAUUUGUCACCAACUGCACAGACGGACUAUAAUGACUGGACACAUGCUUUGAGGAUUAUGGGCUUCUGUUUGAGCUUCUUGAACUCGUGCGUCAACCCCGUGGCACUAUACUGCGUCAGUGGUGUCUUCAGGCAGCACUUCAACCGCUACCUCUGUUGUCGCCGAGGCACCCUCCACCCGACCUGCAGCUCAAGGUUGUCCAGAACCGCGGUCUGCGAGACCUCUUUCAGAAGUACACAUCGUCAUAGAUGCAACAGGAAUCCGACAGAGAGUGUCGUGAUUUCAAACUACGACUACGGAAGCACUAAGAAGAAGAGCAACAUCAUAUCAAGGAACAGCGGAGACGGUGUCACCAUCAUGACUGUCAGGGACACAAACGACUUCCUCGUAGGAGAAUCCGAAGACAAAUGCGUCAAACGAUAGAUUUUUUACCACUUACCUACUAAUUUAUUCAACCGUUCUCUAUUUUUAUACCAAAGAUCGAGGUAGCAAGGAAAUUAUUAACAAAAAAAACAGUUGACGUUUCGAUACUGCGCGCUAAAAAAAUGCGUUGAAGCAUGUAGUAUGCGUCGUUUAUGACUCGGAACAACAUUGUUGUGAUGCUGGCACUUCACUUGGCUAUUCAUGUUUGCGUUUGUAAAAUUGACAUCAUCUGGUCCUUUUCACACUUUAUAAAGCAUGAUAAGGACAGACUGUUGGCUAGUUUAUAAAUAACAAGUAUGAAUAGUCAAGUUCACUUGUUUCGGCUUGAGAUUUAUGUUAUACAUGCAAUGUAUAGAUGUCAGCGUAAUCUUUAUAUGAGACAGAAUUGUCGAGUCAGUGAUAAACAAUGUUAUGGCUAUCUUUAUUACUUAUCAAUUUGAAGGAGUGGCUUCUCAAGUGAUAUUAUACCUUUCAUUCUUGAUUACAUCUUUAAUUUAUGAACCUGGAGCUCUACUGGGCUUAACGUAAGCUUAGAACUCGCUAUAAAAUCAUUCUGAAGUUUUUAUCUGACCUCAGUGAAUUUAAAGAUAUAGUAUUUCUUUAAUAUUAUUGAAAUCUUUGUAUUAAUUAAUACUACACUUAUCUUAAGUGUAGUGUUAAUUAAUACAAAGAAUAGCCCAUUAAUUUUGUCCGCUAAAAGUAGGUAUUGAAAUUAUGGUUUUAGUUAGUAGUAACUAUUUGUUGCGAAAAGCCGUUGUUAAAAUGAAUUUACCUGAUGGAAAUGUUGCAUUGUAAAUUGUUGUAAAUUAUGUAUACUUUAUGGUAUUUGAUAACAUUCCAAUUAAGAUAAACCUUAAGAAGGUAGAAAAAGUAUUUUUUCUAUUCCAAUGAAUGUAUAUAAAGAACAUUUAUUUGUAAAAAAACAUGUAUAUAAUGUGUACAGCAGCAAAUAAUUUAUGUUGGAUAAGUCUUUUUCACCAACCGAAAAGUUGCCCUCUCAUAAUGUGCAUCUAAUAUUCAAAAUGAAUGUCGGGCUUCACAAUGUAAAUAAGGAAAAUGUGAAAUCGUUUUUAGACCAAAGAUAAAAGUUAAAUGUCAUCGUUAUACGUUUUCAUUGUAAAUAAUGCUUUCGUUGGUUAGCAGAGUAAAUGUUAAUAAAUUAUGUUUUUACCGUACUGAUGAUCUUGAAUUACUUGAAGUGAUGUUCGAAAUUCGGAUGUACUUUAAAUAUUUGUCGAAAAUAAAUAGUCGUACAGAUCCUUUUGUUUUUUAUUCAAUAUCACCAUCAUCAGCCUAUUAACGGCCCCACAACUGGAAUACAGGCCUCACC